GAGAGCUGUAUGACCAGGACGCAACUGACCUACAGCGAAAGAUUAUCAAAUAUUUAGAAGAAUACACCAAUGCAGAGUUUGGUUUUAUGUUGUUAGUGGUUCCAGAAACACAGGAACUGUAUUGUCAGGUGAUUGGGGACAAGGUUCUGGAGUCAGAAAUUCGGUUUCCCGGUGAAACUAGUACGUUCUCAGCUGUUUUGGAAACCAAAGACCCAUUACGGCUAGAGAGUAUAACUGAGGAGAAGAAGAAGGAGAUGGAGGACCUUCUUGGACGAAGUCUUCAAUCUUUGAUGUGUGUCCCUGUUUCCAGUAGAAACUAUGAUGGACUUGUUGCUAUAGCAUGUGUUGCUAACAAGUUUGGCUCAGACAGUUUUACCAGUGGUGAUGUUGAGACAAUACAGACCUGUUUUAAGUACACUGCCGCCAUUUUAACUAAUACUUUAGCAUUCCAAAAUGAACGCAAACUAAAAAAACAAACACAGGCUAUGUUAGAUGUUGCCAAGAACCUGUUUACCCACUUAGGUGAGUUAUCAUCUGUCCACUGUAAGGGUCUGGACGACUUUCCAGUCAUACCUAGUAAUGGGGUUGGGGUCAAUGUCAGAGCAUACUCCUACUUUGACCGUAUUAAACCAGAACAGGACCACCUGACAACUUUAUGCCGCCCACGAGUGGAAGGGGCCUCUCUCCAACACAACAACUCAGCCAGAUUAGCGUCUAAAAAUCUUAAUAGAGAGAUACAACAACAAGGAAUACUGGCUGAAAAAUUAACUGGCUAUUAUGAUAUUGAGGAAAUAGCUCGUCAGCCUCAUCAAAAGGUCAAAGGUUAUCAAGUUCACCCAAAAAUAAAAUCUCCAGAACAUAAACAGGCGAAGAAGUCCAGUGACACAAGCAGCCCUCAGAAGGAAACUGUAUCACCUUACAGGCUUCCAGGGGGAAGACGACAAGAUCAGACCAGUGUAGAAAGUGUUGAAGAUGACUUACUUUCAUUGUCCAUUGAUUCUUGUGUUCCUUGUAGAAUGUCUGAUGUUUCCAGAUCAGAGUUUGCUCUGAUAAACAAUUCCAAUGAGCAAUACAGAACAGAUGAUGAGGAGCCAGACCAGUACCCUCCAUCUGAUACUAGUCACUGUAAAACAGACUUUCAGUAUUAUAUCCAGGAAAGUUGCACCAGCCCAGGUGACCAGAGCUCUACAAAUGUACAAUCUAUUAGACAUCAUUCUGACGGCUAUCCAGGAAAUGGAUUUACAUGCAGUGAGUCCAUGAGAAAUUUUGGAGAAGAUGGUGGAAGUGCAUCCUCCAGUGCAUCUAGUAUUUACACUUUAGCUGAGCCGCCGAAAGAUUUGGCUGAAGAGAGACAUCAUGACAGGACCUCACAUGGAAUUAAUGCAAAAAGCACUGAAAGUAAACAAGGGGGACUGCUUUACCAAACUGUGGUUGAGGCAUUCAGAGAUGCUGGAAAGGAUACAAGUGAAGCUGUCUGCCCUGUAAAUUUGACUGAUGCAUCUUUCCAUCAGUUUGAUAGUGCUAGCUCUGCUCCGGACACAACUCUGACUGCGCAUUCAGAGCAGAAACAUAAACAGGAACUGGACUACAGCAGCAACUCAAGUCCCAAGACAGAUGUUCCAUUUUCUGACAAUCAUGUUUCUACCUCAUUAGCGUCAAGCUCACCUGAUUCUGAUUCCCCUACAAGUCCGUAUGUUCCCAGUGAAACCUCCUCAGAAAUGUUCACCUGCAAGGAAUUUGAGUCAUCAGAUCUGAAUGUUGAUGCAAGUGAAUUCAGCUCAGGAUCUGAUGUAGAAGAGAUUGGUAGAGAUUGCCAUAGGUUGUCCUUUCAUGAUGCUUGGUCAGGCAAUAGCACAAGGAUUCAGACAUGUCGUUCCCUACCUCUCAGCUCACAGAUGCAAACUAUUGAGGGAUAUGAGAUGGAUAGAAGUCAAAUUCUUGAUCCACAGGUAUCUAACGUCAGGUUCUCUACAAGUGACCCUGGAAUUCAUCACUUUGAACCAAACGAUGAAUUUAUGGAAAGCAAACCCAGUUUGAACUAUGCUUUUUGCAAAGAAAGUUCUGCUGACACUGUAAUGUCAACAGAUUUCAGACGGCGACAAAUAUUUGCCUCCACCCUUGGUUUAGUGGGUAGUCUUGACCAAAUUGGGGUAAGUCCAUCAGAGUCUGGAUUAUGUGACCACACCAUCAUUGUAGAAGACACAGAAUCCAGGGUCAGUCAUACUUAUGUCAUCACCUCCGACUCUUUGAUGUCCAUUUCAUCUGAGGAUCUGCCCAAGGGGUCAGGCGACACCCAAGAGACUUCUAGGUGCACAUUUAUUGACAAAAAUAUGAUAAAUAUAUUAAGAUUACAGCCCCCCAGUACUGAUGCUUUGCCCAUCACAAAAAAUGACUUAACGAAACUUCUACGAGAAAUUAUGCAAGAAGCUAGGAAUCUAACACAAGCAGAGAGGUGCUCUGUAUUCUUGAUAGACGAAGAGACAGAGGAGCUUGUCGCUAAAGUGUUUGAUGGAAUCACUACCAAUGACAAGGAGGUUCAGUCGGAGAUCCGCAUGCCAAUAAUCCAGGGUAUAGCCGGACAUGUAGCUACAACAGGUAAACUUCUAAAUAUAAAAGAUGCCUACUCACAUCCAAUGUUUUAUCGAGGAAUUGAUGACUCCACAGGAUUUAGAACCAGAAACAUUUUAUGCUUCCCCAUCAAAAAUGAAUCUGGCAACGUGCUUGGAGUGGCCCAGCUAUGUAACAAGAAGACAGGACCAUUCUUCACUGUGUUUGAUGAAGAUGUUGCAUCAGCAUUUGCUGUGUACUGCUGCAUCAGCAUCAGCCAUUCCCUCAUGUACCAACGUGUGAUUGCGGCGCAGAUUCGUAACAGUCUUGCCAACGAGUUGAUGAUGUACCAUAUGAAGUGUCUUAUGUACAAGAAGUUACAAGACUCCCAGCACAGAAAUAAGCUAGCAAAUGAACUUAUGAAUUAUCACAUGCAGGUGGCACCAGAAGAAGUUGAAGAAUUGGCUCAUAAUGAUAUACAUCCACCCUCUUUCUGGCAUAAAGACUUCGAUAAAUUUUCAUUUCCUCCAAGAACUAUACCAGAAGAUGAUACAGAAAAGGCUUGUUUAACAAUGUUUGAAGAUUUGGGAUUUAUAUCAAAAUUCAGAAUCAAGAGAGACACUCUUGCCAGGUUUGUGCUAAUGGUGCGGCGAGGCUACAGAAAUCCACCAUAUCACAACUGGAUGCAUGCAUUUGCUGUCACACAUUUCUGUUAUGUUUGUAUGAAGAACCUGAAACUUUCACAAUAUUUGGAAGAAUUAGAAAUGUUUUCACUGUUUACAUCAUGUUUGUGCCAUGAUAUUGACCACAGAGGAACCAAUAAUUCAUAUCAGUCAGUAUCGAAAUCCGUUCUUGCUGCCUUGUACAGCUCAGAGGGAUCUGUCCUUGAGAGGCAUCACUUUGCUCAAUCUAUGUGUAUAGUCAACACAGACGGAUGCAACAUUUUUGAGAACUUGUCUAGCAAGGAUUAUCAGCAAGCUUUAGAUUUGAUGAGGGACAUCAUAUUAGCCACUGACCUUGCACAUCACUUACGAAUAUUGAAGAACAUCGAAUCAAUGGCCAAAACUGGCUAUGAUAAGGAGAACAUGAAACAUCAUAAACUGCUGCUAUGUCUCCUGAUGACUGCUUCUGAUCUGUCUGACCAGACCAAGCCAUGGGAUGCAACCAAACAUAUAGCUGCACUUAUCUACAAGGAGUUUUUCUCCCAGGGAGAUUUGGAGAAAUCCAUGGGUCGUGAGCCUAUUGAGAUGAUGGACAGGGAAAGAGCCCGUAUACCUGACUUACAAAUAGGAUUCUUAGAUCAUAUAGCCAUGCCAGUUUACAAGGUGCUUUCUGAACUCUUUCCUGAGGCAAACUGUGUUAGGAUUGCUGUGGAUGAUAACCGUCGACAUUGGGACAAAAUCUGUUCUCUCAUUAAAAUACGUCGUGGUGGCAGCUGUGAACAGAUGAGCUAUGACCAGAUAUUGGCAUUGGAAGCUGAGGAUCACUCACCACAACCCAACCAGUCCAACCACAUUCAGUAGGCUCAACAAGUCCAACCACGUUCAGGAGGCUUAUCCAGUCCGACCAUAUUUUGUAGAACAUCCAACCACAACUUCUAAACUCCACAAUCCAAACACAUCUAUAAAACAUCCAACUGAUAACAGAAUGAUACAAACACAUCUAGUAGACAUUCAGCCUUAACUGAUAAUUCAACAAUCCAACCACAUCUAUAAAACAUCCAACUGAUAACACAGAUACUACAACUAACUAGUAGACUCAACAAUCCUAACCACAACUAAUUAGUAGACUCAACAAUCCUAACCACAACUAACUAGUAGACUCAACAAUCCCAACCACAAAUAACUUGUAGACUCAACAAUCUGACUACAGCUAACUGGU